UUCCUGAGUAGGGAGGAGCUCCUGAUCCCACCCAGGCCCAGCCCGAGGCAGCCGUGCCGACUUUUCCGUCUUGGCGACCCGGCCGCAAGCCGGACGGGCAGCCCCGCGGUCACCGCUCGCCAAGAAUGGAAAUCCCGCCGACCCACUACCCAGCCUCCAGGGCAGCCUCGGUGGCGGAAAACUGCAUCAACUACCAGCAGGGGACCCCCCACAAGGUGUUCCUGGUGCAGACGGUCAAACAAGCCAGCAUGGAGGAUAUUUCAGGAAGAGGACAUAAGUAUCACCUUAAAUUUUCUGUGGAAGAAAUUAUCCAAAGACAAAUUACGGUGAACUGCACAGCUGAAGUGCUUUACCCUCCAUUGGGACAAGAUGGUGCACCAGAAGUCAAUUUCACAUUUGAAGGAGAAUUUGGAAAGAACCCAGAUGAAGAAGACAACACAUUUUAUCAAAGACUUAAGUCCAUGAAGGAACCACUAGAAGCUCAAAACAUUCCAGACAGUUUUGGAAAUGUAUCUCCAGAAAUGAAGCCAGUUCGACAUUUAGCUUGGGUUGCCUGUGGUUAUAUAAUAUGGCAAAAUUCUACUGAAAACACAUGGUAUAAAAUGGUAAAAAUUCAAACUGUCAAGCAAGUGCAAAGAAAUGAUGACUUUAUUGAAUUAGACUACACUAUUCUACUGCAUGACAUUGCAUCUCAGGAGAUUAUUCCCUGGCAAAUGCAAGUUCUCUGGCAUCCACAAUAUGGUACUAAAGUAAAACAUAAUAGCCGUCUGCCAAAGGAAGUACUAAUGGAGUAAAUGACCCUAACACUGGGAUGAAGUAUAAACAUGCCUAUUAAUGAUAUGUAUGCCAGUUUUCAUUGGUAUCUAGCUGAAGGGGCCAAACAAAUCCCGAAGCGUCGCUUGUAUACAUGUCUUGAUUACAGUAUAGAACUAUACAGUUUCCACAAUAAAGUGUCAACUAUCUAAAAACAUCUUUAUAACAAUAAUAGUGCUAUGUUUAACCCAUAAUAAAAAGCUUUAAUUUCA